CACACUCCACAAACAAACUACGGUGGUUUGUAGCUAGCUGGUUAGCAUAGCGGCAUAAACAACUGUGAUAUUGCGGCACUAAAAUGAGCGACAGUGGCAAAGGUUACGGCGAGCGGGUUAAGAUUGGACGAAGAAAAUGCGGAAGAAGUGCUCUUUAUUUUCAAUAAUUUGCAGCUCAGAUGUGUGAAGCUGAAUUGUUCAAUGCAUGCUAAACAUGUGAAGGGGAAGAAGUUUGGGCAGUGUGUGAGAUGGGGGAAGUCAGAAGAAGUAUAACAAUCGAAGAAAGAAGAAUAAUGUGAAGUAAUGAAGUUACAGAAAUGAAGUUAAAGAAGUAAUCUGGAUAAGGCCACAGCGCUAAGUAAAUCUCUGGUCUGUUUGUCAAAUGCGUGCAUGUUGUUGUCUUUGAACAGUUAAAAUGACUACAAUUUUUACACAACUGAAACAUUUGUUUCUCCAUAAUAUUGACAUUUUAAUUGUAUUUAUAAAAGUAAUCCUAUUGACAUCACAUUAUUCAUCGAUAAUAUAUAUAUAUACCUGCAUUCCUAUUCCACAAUCCUAAAUGAUGUUAUUUUUUGUACUUUUUACAUAAAACUAAUUAGGCAAACGUCACUUUGUCAUCUCAUUCAUCCUAAUGAAGGUAUUGUGUGUGUGGUUUGUUCAGGAUUCUCGCUUCUCAUCCCGGAGUGUGAGUCCACGAGGCUCCAGGAAUUCAGCAAGCCGUUCCCCAGCUCUGUCGCCUGCCCACUCAAAAGAUGGCUCCCGCCACUCCCGCUCUAAAUCUCUCUCUCGAUCCAGGUCGAAAUCUGGGUCGCACCGCGGCUCGAGGAGACACUAUAGCCGCUCUCGCUCCCGCUCAAGGUCCCAUCGCCGCCGGUCUCACAGCCGCUCGUACAGCGGUGAGCGCCGGCGCAGGAGCCACAGCCGCUCCCCGAUGUCUGACCGACGCCGGCACAUCGGCAACCGCGCUAAUCCAGAUCCAAAUGGCUGCGUGGGAGUGUUUGGCCUGAGUUUGUACACCACAGAGAGGGAUCUGAGGGACGUCUUCUCUAAGUACGGCCCCCUGGCGGAUGUCUCUAUUGUGUGCGACCAGCAGUCGAGGCGCUCCAGGGGCUUUGCUUUCGUCUACUUUGAGAACUCUGUUGAUGCGAAAGAGGCAAAGGAGCGAGCCAAUGGCAUGGAGCUGGAUGGUCGUAGGAUCAGGGUGGACUUCUCCAUCACAAAGAGACCGCACACCCCGACCCCUGGAAUCUACAUGGGCCGGCCCACAUACGGAGGGGGGGGAAGCAGCAGUGGAAGUGGUCCCAGCGGUCCAAGCGCUCCUCGGCGCAAUUCACGUGACUAUGACCGCGGACAUGACCGUGGAUCCGACCGAGGAUACGACCGUGGAUCCGACCGAGGAUACGACCGUGGAUCUGACCGAGGUGGCUAUGACGACAGGGACCACCAACGAUCAUACAGAAGGCGAUCUCCGUCCCCGUACUACAGAGGGAAUUACAAGACUCGGUCCCGAUCGCGCUCUUAUUCUCCCCGACGCUACUAAAUGUUGCUGUCAAGCCCCUCCACCUCCCACACAGACAGGAAAUAUUUGAUGAUUGAUUUCAGAAUAGAUCUUCUUAAGGUGAUAAUCACACUUCUGUUUCUAUCGUACAUGACCAGUAAAUGUAUUUUAGUUGUCAGCAGUUGUCAUGAAUCGGGCUGUACCCUCGUGUUUUUUAUUUUGAAAUGUUUAGGCAAUGUCAGCCGUGGAAAAUAUAUUAAUGUUUUUGUUAAUGUAUUUUUUGUAUAACAAUUGAGUGAACGCUCAUCUCUAAACGGAUUAAAACUAAGAGGCUUUCUUUUCCAAA